CUUGCGGAAUCCUUAGGUAAAAUUAGUCUUCGACUGGUCUCAUUUGUGAAUCCCGGUGGGAAGGGCGAUAACGGACAUUGUUGCGAUGGACGCGGUAUCAUUUGCUCCAGCAAAUGUGAUCAUCAGUUUAAGAUAUGUGUGGACUACCUCAAUGGCACAGCAGAUUUGGACUCGUGUGCAUUCGGCAAGUUCGAAACAGGUGUAAUAUCCAAUGAAGAUACGAUCCAGUUUGGUGACGACAUAAGCGGCCUCUCCAAUCCAAUAGAAAUUCCCUUCAACAACUAUGCCGGAGGUUUUCUGGUGAAGAUUGACGUCUGGGAUGACGACUCCAACUUCUUAUUUAACCGGAACGACCAUGUGGAUACGAUCGCUUAUGCAUUUAAUGAACCGGCACCAGCCACUAACCGUAAUAUGUUAGUUAACGGCAGGACAACUAUAGAAUUGGGUAUAUCAGUGACUUGUGAUGCCAAUUUCUAUGGCCCUAACUGCCUUGUCUUCUGUGAUUCGAGUCUGGGGAACUACAACUGCGACUCUUCCAAUGGUGACAAGGUCUGUUUUGAAGGUUGGGAGGGUGAUGACUGCUCUGUUAGGAUCACUACAACAACCACCACCACCACAACCAUGGCACCAACCACCACAACAGAGACAUAUGGAGAAAAUGCCGAUUGCGCCAGUUUUGGUGGAAACAUGGUGUCAGUAAGAAGAAUCCAGCCUCAGGGUGUAGCAGAACCCUUUAAUGUACUCUGCAGAGGAGAAUGGACCGUUAUACAGAACAGGUUUAAUGGACGAGAAAUAUUCAACAGAUUAUGGGAGGACUAUAAAAAUGGAUUUGGAAAGAAUUUUUCAAUGAGUACUGACUUCUGGCUGGGCCUUGAGAAGGUUUAUCGUCUAACCAAUCAAAAAAAAUACAAGUUAAAUAUAAAGAUGACAGAUGCUGCUGACCGUGUUCAUGAAGCUAACUACGAUCAUUUCUAUGUUGGUAACGAAGCUGACGGAUACAGACUUCAUCUCGAAGGCUUUUCUGGAAACGCAGGUGAUGCUCUGUCGUAUUGUGGAGGGUCAAGUUGCGGAGGUAUGUCUAAUGGACAGAAGUUUUCAACACGUGACCGAGACAAUGAUAAUUGGGCUGGAAAUUGUGCCGAGCGCUAUAACUCUGGCUGGUGGUAUAACAAUUGCUUCUGGGCCAAUCUGAAUGGCAGAUACGUAACGCAUCCAAGAUUCUGGCCAAAAUGCCCUGGAAGAAAAUGUAUCAGUUGGAGAACGAUCCCCGGUUAUGAGAACUACUCACUGUUGAAGGUCACCAUGGCUAUCGCUCCAAAUCUUGAAUCUACAAGUGUAGAGUGAAACUUUUCAGUAAAAGUUUUCAAACCUAUGUUUGGAAGAUAAAUAUGCAUAUUUAUAAUUGAUUGAGGAAUUCUUUAGAAAAACGUGAUAUGAUCCCUAUGUACUACAAUCGAAUUUUCAUUUAUCAUUAUGUUUCAACAAUAAAGGUGCCUAUUUUUGAAAAUUGAA